AUGUCGCUCGUGUAUCUACCGGAGGAGACGUGGUCACUGCGUUACGGAUCCGACUACUUUACGGUCGCUAUCGUCAAGUCUGUGGUGAAAGAGGACGAGUUUGCACUGUACGAGCUAGAGAUCCAGAAUGGCAGACGCAUUUGGAAGGUGUUGCGUCGCUUUAGCGAGUUCGACAGGCUUCAGGCGAAUGUGCGCUUCAUAGCAGGCAACCGACUGCCGAAGCUGCCCCCCAAGACGUUCUGCUGUCGGGAUCUAAACCCGGACUUCCUGGCCAGACGCAAAGAGCUGCUGCAGGAUUUCCUGCAUCAGAUGCUGCAGAUCCCCGGAGUCGCAAAUGACGACCGCGUACGCAAGUUCCUGGGUCUCAAGUUGUCUACUGAGCUCUACGUGUGA